UUUAAUUCAUCGCUGUUAACCUGAACUUGCUGGUUUGCCUGUUCUUAUGAAGAAAUGGUUCCCGUGUGUGAAAGAACAAUGCCUUUUAAUGGCUACAUAUGUUGAACCACAUCUUCACUCUCUAAAGACAAAAGUUCUUGAAACGUAUGCAAGCUCCAAGGACGCAGUUACCCCACAUGUACUCAAGGUUCAAGAAAUUGCAAACCCCUAUUUUCAGCACAUUCGGAAAUUCAGCAAGCCAUACAUUGACCAGCUAGCCUCUACAACGAGACCUCACGUGGAAAAAGCACGUCUUGCUGCGAAACCGUACACAAAGAAGGCAGUUCAUGUUUAUAGAAAAUUCCUAGAGUCUGCCACCACAUACCACCAUCAGCUUCAAAGCAAUGUUCAAGACACACUGAAGAGACAUGAACUCACGAGUCCUUUUGCGACAAAGGAGCUUAUCUGGUUUGCUGCCUCUGCUAUGCUGGCUUUGCCAAUCUUUCUUUUGUUCAAAGUUUUCUCUGCCAUUUUCCGGGCUAAACCAUCCAAUAGAAGUGGUAGCACACACCGUUCCCGUCGUAGGGCAAAACGUGGACAUCAAUCAGAGAAAUAAGGGAGUUGUUGGAUGUUUGUUUGAAAGUCACAUGUAUGAGGUUUAUUUAUUAUAGUACUUGUCUAAUACUAUAUUUCUAAUAUGUAAUGAUUAUUAUCAUACAUAUUUCCGAAUUUUGUUUAAACCUCCCUGGUAACCUGGUUUAAGUUUUUUUAAAUUAUCAUUUCUUGCAGACUUGCUUGAACCUUGAAUACAUAUCCCAUACAUUUCCUGUUCGUCUGAACUUCCACCAGUGUCAAUUGUCAUUUCAUCCAUGAAGUGGCAGUUUGGUAACUUAUUGAGUUUCAUGCCAUUGCUUCAACCACUCAUGGAAGCACAUGAGCGUCUCCAGAGAUUAUGCUCUCAAUAUCGUUUUAUAAUUGAUUAGUCUGUUGUUGGAUUCAUUGAACUCUUGUUCCACAUCAACCUUUGAUACAUUCAUCAAACUCUUGGUUUCACUAAACUCUUGUUCUACCGCAACCUCUGAAACUAGCAUUGACAAUAUUGUUUUGCCAUUUUUUGAUAAAAUGCGAAACAUUCCUUGUUUCUCUUUCCACCAGUGGAGAAUGUCAAACUCCCCCUACUUCAUACUUAACCAGAACUGUUACAUAUAAAGAAAGCUCAUUAAUUGA